AUGGCAUCUCCCUCACCGCAAGAUGCUCUCCCUCCGCUGCCAGCUGAUUUUCAGAUUUCACCCCACGACAUGUACCAGGUUCUCAGCACAGCUAUGUGGUUAGGUGGUUUAUCACCAAAAUUUAAAUAUGAGACAACAGGAGAGGUCAUCAAGCGAUACGCCGAUUAUGCAUGGCAAGUGCGGGGCAACAUGACAGCAAAGGAGAUUUCCCAGAGAUUCGGACCUGCUGAGCCGCAUGCACAGUGGCUCAUCGGCAUAUUUGACGGACCACAAAAUUUCGCUGGAACGAUAGUGACGAUUGCGUACCAAAUGGCACCGAUUUUACCGCAUCCCACCAACCCGAACGUCGUCAUCCCGCUAUUUAUCUCGUUCACAAUAAUUACCACAUUGAUUAUGGCAUUACGUUUGUGGUCGAGGUACAAGGUAGCUGGAGGAAUUCAGCCGUUUGAUUGGUUAGCUGUUGUUGGUUAUGUCCUAACCGUAAUCUGGGGAGCAGUUGCCGUCGCUCAUGAUCACAUCAAUACGCAAUGGCAGGCUUUCUAUGACAAAUCUUGGUAUAAUAUAUCAGGCAGUAUUGAAAUUUACUACGGAUUAACCAUCUUUUAUCCUUGGGUUAUGAUGACCAUAAAGCUCUCUCUGCUUUUGUUUUAUUACCGCAUGACAAACUGGAACUAUAUCCGCUGGUCCGUCUACGCCACUACCGUUAUCGUUGUCGGAACUUCCAUAUCCGCAUUUAUCGUAUGGCUCGUCAAUUGCCCUCACGUCCGAUACUGGGACUACCCAUGGGAACAAUGCCGAAUCAACAUUAAGAAAGCACAAGUUGCAUUUGCCGGCCUAUACAUUCUCACAGAUGUUAUUAUUUGGAUUUUGCCAAUGCCUUUGGUUUUCCAACUGAAACUCUAUCCAAGAGAGAGAAUUCUGGCACUUAUCACAUUCUCAUUGGGCGCGAUUGCCUGUGUUGCUAGCUGCUAUCGCCUUGUGAUGCUCGAACAAUACACGAAUUACAGCUCCCAAAGUUCCACUACCUUGAUCAUUGAUGCAUGGACGAUUACUGAACUAAAUCUCACCCUGAUAUGCUCAUCAGCGCCAGCUGUCCGAGCGCUGGCUAUUCAUUAUGCUCCGAAGAUCCUCAACAGCCUGGGAACUGUCGCAUUCGCGACGCAGAAUGGAUCACAGCAUGGAAAGAAGGGAAGCAUCGGAAGCUCUACUGGAUCUUCAAAGAAUGGUGCUCAUGCAAGGGUCACUGCGGACCCUGAAAAGUAG